AUGGUCGUUGCCUCGACGGCUUUGGCUGCACUCGCAGCGAAUGACUGGUCUCAACCGUGCUUUGACGGCGAGUGUGCGUACGAUUUGCACGAAGCCACCGGGACAUCAGGCAUAUUCAAAGUGCACGCCACUCCGAUGGGUCUGACGGACAUUACGCCUGCGGCAGGAUGGGUGAUCCUCGAAUGUAAUCCCAAUGUGAUGUCCCAGGAAAUCCGGCUCGUCUGCGAGACUGAUCACGAGGACGCAUCGUUAGCAUCGGGAUGCAACCACGUCUUCGACUACCACGGGCCCGCUCACAAGGUCGUGCGUUUGCCUGAAAGCUGUGGCAAUGGUCCGUUUGCGCGUAUUGUGGAGAUGACUGUAGCGGAAGACCAGACUAUCCCUGCGCAUGCAGAGUCGAAAAUUCGCCGCAGGGACGGGGCAGCGCCCCGAAUCCACAGUUUGAAGAUCGAUGAUAAUUUUGCUGCUAUCGACGCUGAGUUGUGCGGAACUGUCCAGUUCGCGUUCGUCGGCGCUACUAGUCCCGGUUUGGACCUCAAUUCCGCGUUCACUGACUUCUUCUGGGACGACGUCGGUAAAUGGGUCGGCGACGCCGUGCAUACGGUGGGCCAGGCUAUCUCCACCGCAAAGGACUGGGUGGCCAAAGCGGGGAAUUGGGUUGGGGAUAGAAUGCACGACGUGUCGGAUUUGGUCAAAAACAGAACCUCGUUCGAGAUCGCGCCGAAGGUAGAAAGCCAGGAUAUCUCCCUGAGGAGUGACGUCCAGUUCUCGUCUGAGGAAGCGCAUGGGCCCAUAUGCCCCGGGGGCACGCACGCGAAAGUCGACGUCCACUUCAAAAGCGACGGGAGCCUCAAGGUGAAAGCGGGCAUAGUCAGCUGGCUGCCUUCGGAGGUGCGUUCGCGGACUAAACUGUGUUUCUUCAUCGCAUUUAUUCCGCUCGUAGGCGUGGAUGGGUCCGUGGACGCAGCUUUGAAGGCGACGGUGCAAAUCAAUGGCGGCUUCAAGUACGAAAAGAAAAUUAUUGAAGGUUUAGGUCUACCCGGAUUUUCUGUCCCAGGAGUAUUCACGAUCGGGCCUUACUUUGAGCUGGCCGGACGGGUACAAGGUCAUAUCGCCCUUGACUUGCAGACCGAUAUCCAUUUGAAUUAUGUGUUCAAUGAUAUCGAGAUGUGGUUCCCGAAAGAAUAUGGGAAUCACAGUAAAGAGGGUGGUGUCAAGACCAAGGACUCUAACUUUGGUUUCCAAGCUUCGGCUCACUUAGAUGCCCAAGGAUGGCUUCAGGCAACACUCGCUCCACAGCUUCAUCUCGGUGUUUGGGCGGCAGCAGGGAGCGUCGAUGCUAGCAUCUAUCUCGAAGCGGCGGCGUACGCGCGAGCGUCGGUCCAUGUUGAAGUCAGCGCGAAGAAGCGCGAGUUCCUCCCCCCCGGACGAUUCCUACCAGCGAAGCCGGGACAUGGAGGGCGUGUAGUCUCAAGGAAACUCAACAGACGCGACGUCGCUUUUAGUGGAUGCGCUUGGCUGGAUCUCGGGGUGGACCUCAGUGGAGGAGCGACGGGGAAGCUUGGUCCGUUGAAGGCCGAUGCAAUCCUUCCGAUUUGGUCGAAGAAUCUUCAGGUACUCGAGAAAUGUUGGGAGGCCGGGAGGGAGCGUUCCGGGAAGGUGGCUCUGUCCAAGCCAACGGCAGAUCUUAACAAAGUCGACACCAAUGCACAGUGCUCCAAGGAGCCAUCUAUGUCUUCGCCUCUCACAGGUAAUGUCAAAGGACAGACUCUGAAAUGA